UGGCGAGAGAUAAUCCUUUGCACGACCACAGGCGCACACACACACACACACCAUUGCCCGAGCUGCGUCCUGGAUCUGGCUCCGGAUCCGGAUGCGGGCAUCCUUUUGGAUUUUGCGCUCAACAAAACGGACCCACGCCGCAAAGAUAACUUAAUCGGGACCCGCAAUGGUGGCUGAAUGCGCGGCUGCUGGUCGUUUAGGGGACCGGGGGGUGCGCUCGGUGUGAUAUUCACUUGGACGCUGGUGUGGAGUUUAUUAUUCUUUUUUUUUUUUUUUUUUUUUUUUUUUUCAUUGUUGUGCUGGUCCCGUAGACGCAGAGGCACAGCGGCGAAUCCGCGGUGAAGAUGUUGAGCCGAUUCAUGAGUGGCAGCCUCAGGAAUCUGGAGCGGGAAUACAGCUGCACGGUCAGGCUGCUGGACGACACGGAGUAUACGUGCACCAUUCAGCGGGAUGCAAAAGGACAGUAUCUGUUUGACCUCAUCUGCCACCACCUGAACCUGCUGGAGAAAGACUAUUUUGGCAUCAGAUAUGUGGAUCCAGACAAGCAGCGGGUGAGCAUUUGUCACUGGUUGGAUUUCACCAAAUCAAUUUCAAAGCAAAUGAAAUCUCAGCCUCCGUUCACCAUGUGUCUAAGAGUCAAGUUCUACCCUCCUGAUCCUGCUGCUCUCAAGGAGGAAAUCACUCGAUACCUGGUCUUCCUGCAGUUGAAGAGAGACCUCUACCACGGUCGUCUCCUGUGCAAAACCUCGGAUGCAGCCAUGCUGGCUGCCUACAUCCUUCAAGCUGAGAUUGGUGAUUACGACCCCGGGAAGCAUCCUGAAGGUUACAGCUCCAAAUUCCAGUUCUUUCCCAAGCACUCGGAGAAGCUUGAGCGCCGGAUCGCUGAAAUACACAAAACUGAGCUGAUCGGACAGACUCCUGAAACAUCGGAGCGAAAUUUCCUGCAGAAAGCACAGAUGCUGGAGACAUAUGGUGUUGAUCCACACCCGUGUAAGGAUGUGUCAGGGAGCCCCGCUUUUCUCGCCUUCACGCCAUUUGGCUUCGUGGUUCUUCAGGGAAACAAGAGAGUUCAUUUUCUGAAAUGGAACGAGGUGACCAAGCUCAAGUUUGAAGCCAAGACUUUCCACAUAUAUGCAAAUCAGAAAGAGGACAGAAAGAUCAUUUUGACGUACUUUGCGCCCACGCCAGAGGCAUGCAAGCACCUUUGGAAGUGUGGUGUGGAGAAUCAGGCGUUUUACAAGCUUGAGAAGUCCAGUCAGGUCCGCACAGUCUCCAGCAGCAACUUGUUCUUCAAGGGCAGCCGUUUCCGCUACAGCGGAAGAGUGGCGAAAGAGGUGAUGGAGCAAAGUGCCAGAAUUAAACGUGAACCUCCUGAAAUACACAGGGCUGGCCUUGUGCCCAGUAGGAGUUGUCCAUCCAUCACCCACGGGCCUCGCCUCAGCAGUGUUCCCCGCACACGUCGGAGAGCUGUGCACAUAUCUAUCAUGGAGGGUCUGGAGUCCUUACGUGACAGUGCCCACUCUACACCGGUGCGCUCUGUGUCCCACGGAGAGUCUUUUAUACCCCGGUACCGCGGCCAUGCCGCAGAUUCCAGCGAGGGGAUGGCGGUCAUCUCGGACGAGGCCUACAGUCCUUCUGACAGCGUCCUUCCCACGCCGGUGGCCGAACACAGCACAGACACGGGCGUCUUGCGGCAAAUCAACGGCGCGCCCUGCAGCAUCGAGGAGGAAAAGGAGUCGGAGGCGGGCACCCCGAUGCGCGGGGAUGAUUCUGAGGAGGGCGCGGCGGCGGACUCGGCCCUGAGCGAGGUGGAACAGGUGAAUAAGUUUGUCUUGAGUGUCCUCCGCCUGCUCCUCGUCACCAUCGGACUCCUUUUCGUCUUGCUCCUCCUCCUCAUCAUCCUCACCGAGUCAGACCUCGACAUCGCGUUUUUAAGCGACAUCCGCCAGACCCCCGAGUUCGAACAGUUCCAUUACGAGUACUUUUGUCCCCUCAGGCGGUGGUUCGCCUGCAAGCUCCGCUGGGUGGGUGGGUUGCUCAUUAACGACUGAGGGUGCAGUCGUGGCAUCGAAAAAAAAAGCCCGUUCGGGGGGACGUGAGAAGAUGGUUAGGAGUCUGGAAUUAUGAAGGACAGCCUCAUCCGAACCAAGAACCCAGCUUCCUUCAUCUUCUUCUUGCGUAAAAACUCGGACCUCUCUUCCUAACUCUAAGCCAGGAUCUCCCUCCCCCCCCACACCUCAGCCUUCAGUUGCACCCCCCCUCCUGCUACCAUUUUAUUUAUUUUUAUUCUUAGCAAAGCCUGAAGACUUUUUUUUGUUGCCUUUUUUAAAGUCAUUUCAGGAACUUUAUUUUUACAAAUAACACAAAAGGAAAAAAAAUGAAAUCAUGAAAAUCAGUAACCGAGGAACCCGAAAUUGAUGUCUCCGUGGAAUGGAAACGUGUUGAUCUUUUAUUUUUCUUGGAGCAGAUUUGCAUUGCCUCUAGUUAUUCAUUUGUAUCAAACACACACUGGGCCUUGAAAGGCUAACUACCCUGUUUAAAUGUAUGGUUUGUAUGAUGUUAAAAACAAGUUAGACCAUAAAAAAAAAAAAAUAAUGGAAAGAGUUUAAUGACCUUUAAUGUGAUAUUUAUCCUGCAUCCUUUAACUAGAAAAUAAAUCUGUUAGGAACAAGAAUGUUAAAAAUAAAGAGAUAAGGCACAAUAAACUCUUUGCAAACGUGUGCCUACCAUUAAACUAAUACUCUGUUGAA